AUGGUGGAGGAAAACUGCACCAUGGUAAUGGAGUUCAUUCUCCUUGGCCUCUCUGAUGUUCCUGAGCUGAGGCUCGUCCUCUUUCUGCUGUUCCUUCUCAUCUAUGGAGUCACUGUCUUGGCCAACCUGGGCAUGACGGCACUGAUUCAGGUCAGCCCUGGACUCCACACCCCCAUGUACUUCUUCCUCAGCCACCUGUCCUUCAUAGAUUUCUGCUACUCCUCAGUCAUUGUGCCAAAGAUGCUGGCUAAUAUCUUAAACAACGACAAAACUAUCUCCUUGGUGGCAUGCAGAAUACAAUUCUUUUUGUUUUGCACAUGUGUGGUCAGUGAGGUCUUCCUACUGGCCGUGAUGGCAUAUGACCGCUUUGUGGCCAUCUGUCACCCUCUGCUGUACAUGGUCAUCAUGUCCCAGAAGCUCUGCGUGAUACUGGUUACUUGUUGUUACCUCUAUGCUUCUGUGUGUUCCCUGAUUCACCUGUGCUCAGCUGUUGGGGUUCAAUCCUACAAGUCCAAUGUGAUCAACCACUUCUUCUGCGACUUGCCCCCUCUCUUAGGUCUUGCUUGCUCCGAUGUCACCAUGAAUGAGCUUCUGCUCUUCAUUGUGGUGAAUUUCAAUGAAAUCUUCACCACUGUGAUCAUGCUCACUUCCUACUCCCUCAUUCUCACCAUCAUCCUGAGGAUGCGCUCGGCCGAGGGAAGGCACAAAGCAUUUUCUACCUGUGCCUCCCACCUCAUGGCCAUCAUUGUCUUCCAUGGAACAAUACUUUUCAUCUACUGUCAGCCCACUUCUGGCAAUAAUCUGGAUGUUGACAAGGUUACCACAGUGUUCUACACUGUCGUGAUUCCCAUGCUAAAUCCUCUGAUCUACAGCCUGAGGAACAAGGACGUGAAAGAAGCUCUCCAAAAUGUUCUGGGCUACAAAAUAUUUAACUAG